AAAGAUAUGGAACAUUCUCAACACAAAAAAUCUCUUUCCACACUAAAUAUCAACUUGUUCAUAUCAUAGGUCAAGGACGGAACGAAGAACCAACAUUUUUAUUCCUACUAAAGAUUGUAAUAGAUUCGUGCUUUCUUUUUUCCGAGGAAAAAUUUAGAAAUGGAGGAUUGUUUUGAGCACAAAACAGUGGUAGUGAAUGGCAUAAAUAUGCAUGUUGUAGAAGCAGGUCAAGGUCCAGUAAUUCUCUUCAUCCAUGGCUUCCCUGAAUUAUGGUAUUCAUGGAGGCACCAAAUUUCUUUCGCGUCUAAACAUGGUUAUCGCGCUGUCGCUCCUGACCUACGUGGCUUUGGAGAUACCACUGGAGUAUCGAAAGAUGACCCGAGCAAGUUCACCAGCUUACAAGUUGUGGGUGAUUUAGUGGAACUUUUGAAUACCAUUGCACCUAAGGAAGAGAAAGUGUUUGUUGUAGGACAUGAUUGGGGUGCAAUUAUUGCUUGGGCUCUAUGUUUGUUUAGGCCAGACAAAGUCAAGGCUUUGGUUAAUUUAAGUGUGGCAUUUUCUCCUAGAAAUCCUAAGAGAAAGCCACUUGAAACACUGUGUGCUGUUUAUGGAGAAGACUAUUAUAUUGUUAGAUUUCAGGAGCCUGGAGAAAUAGAAGCAGAGUUUGCAAAAAUAGGCACAAAAAAAGUAUUGGAAAAGUUCUUGAGUUAUCGUAACCCUGGACCUUUAUACUUGCCUAAAGGAAAGCCAUUUGAUGACAAUCCAGUUAUUUUGCCCUCUUGGCUACCAGAAAAAGAUGUUGAUUAUAUUGCUAGCAAAUAUGAAAAAUCUGGCUUCACUGGAGGAGUGAAUUAUUACAGAGCAAUUGACCUAAAUUGGGAAUUGACAGCAGCAUGGACUGGUGGUAAAGUGAAAGUACCAGUAAAAUUUAUUGUGGGAGAUUUGGACUUAACUUACAAUGCCCCAGGAGUCAAAGACUAUGUACACAAAGGUAGGAUGAAGAAAGAUGUACCUUUGCUAGAAGAAGUGGUUAUAUUGGAAAAUGUUGGCCAUUUUCUGCAACAAGAAAAGCCUGAUGUAAUUAACAAACAUAUUCAUGAGUUUUUCCAUGGCUUUUCUUCAUCUACUUAAUUAAGUUUAGCCAUUUUAAGUUUGAUUUUGGGGAUAUAAUAACUUAUGGUCACAGAUGCUUCGUUUGUUUCUUUAUUUUAUUUAUGCUCUACUGUUACCAGAUCGCAGUGACGUAUGUAACAUUUUAUGUAAGUGGUGUCGGUCUAUCAUAACUCGACUUGUAAGUGUGUAACACGUGUCUAGACUAUGUUGGUUUUAAAGCCUUCUUUCUUGUUUCAA